AUCUUCCUUUGACAGACUCCAACAUGGCACGAAGCACGAUGGACCAAUCUGAUGCUGCCGAUAAUUGCCGAUUGAUAAGAGGUCACAUAUCCCAGAGAAAGAUACUGGUCAUUCUUUCCGUUGCUUCAAUAAUCGUCAUCUAUUCCAUUGCCGGUAUUUGGAUGCAGAGCAGGAACGAAAUGUCUUCUCUUGACCCUGUAGCUACCUGGUAUAACAAUGAAGACCAAAGAGGAACGAAUGUUCGGAAAAGUGCGGAAGCAAGGGGCCUUUAUGACUUCCAAGACAGAAUAUUGGAAAAUACCAGGACACUGAAUCAACUCAUGGACGACAAAAGUGCCAGUCUAACUUUUUCUCUUCUUGCCAAUGCCACGCAGCAUAGAAAAGGCUUGCCCAACUAUUACAUUCAUGGGACCAGUCUUGGACUGGGAGAAGAUUAUUCAAAAUGCAACAUUGCCUUCGUACACCUGCAUAAGGCAGGAGGAACGACCACUAAAUCAGUAUUAAGUAAGAUUUCUACUAAAUCAGGAAUGCCUCGAGGAAAACUGUUCAAGGACACUUAUACCGGAGUCUUAGCCCGUUACAUCAGAGAGGGGCGGACAUCUAAACCUACAAUUUUCAUUGGAGGUUUUAGCUUUGGCAUAUGUGAUGUUCUGAAGGGAAGACCAUGUACAUACAUGGCGGUUCUUCGUAAUCCGUAUGACAGGAUUAUAUCAUCGUACUAUUUCUGUUACAAGAUCCAUCCUACCCUGUGUGGACCGGUGUCACCCAAAGACGUUUCCAUCACUACUUGGGCGAUCCAUCAAGGAAGUCACUUCUUUAAUCAACUUCUCAUGCUCCCGGACACUUGUAAGAAUGAUUCCAGAUCUCAUGAGUAUGUCAAGCGCUAUCAAAACCAUACCAGAGAUAUUAUUCCGUACGUAAAAAAACACGAAGACGCAUGCUGGUUCCAACAGAAGGCUCUACACAAAGAAACCUUAACGAAAGCCCAACGUCGUGCACUUCUACACUACAUUCUUGGAAAAAUAGAUAACUGGUUCGGGGUAAUAGGGCUUCUAGAGGAAUAUCAGUUAUCCCUCGAACUUUUUGGAGAAGCUUUCAAAAGGAAUUUCACGGCUGCAUAUUCAGUCCCAAAAAAUACUGGACAAGUAAGAAAAAACGUGGAUAAUACGUCUAUCAAACAGAUGAAACAAGAUUUACUUAAUAGUGCUGAAGUAAGAGAAGCGUUGUAUGAAGAUAUCUUGAUUUACGAGAAAGCUGUUGACAUCAUGAAACGUCAAAAAGAAGAAUAUUUUCGAAUAAAGAAUAGAAGACAAAAGUUAGGCUAUGAAAUUCUCCAUUAAAGAUGUUAGGGUUAGAGAUAAGGAGCUUUGGAUAUUAACUGAAUCUUGAAGAUUUUUAUCCAUAUUCCUUUCGAGAACACAUUAAAUCAGUUCCAGGUGUUAUUGAUCAUGUAGAUUCGCUGCUCAAGCGGUAAAGGGCGAACACCAGCCGCUGGCCCACCCCUGCCAUCAUCAACCAUAACCGAUGUAAUUCAUCAGAUAUAGCACUUAUUGAACUUUGUGAUAAAAUAUCGGCUUCUCUUUCUAGGAAAGAACAUGUAAUUGGUGUAUUUAUGGAUAUAAGUAAAGCUUUUGACACACUUAAUCAUUCUAUAUUACUGGAAAAAUUGAAAUAUUAUGGUAUACGUGGAACCCCCCUCUUUUGGUUCUCUAAUUAUCUUUCAGACCGAGAACAAUACAUAGCUUAUAACAAUUUCAACUCAAAUAUAUUACCUAUCAAAUGUGGAAUUCUCCAAGGUUCAAUCCUUGGUCCUUUGUUGUUUCUUAUAUAUAUAAAUGAUAUUUGUAAAGCGUCUUCAUUACUUCAAUUCAUUUUAUUUGCAGAUGACACGAAUGUAUUUUUUUCUCACCAUGACCUUCUUUAUCUUAUUGAAACUAUGAAUACAGAACUACCCAAAGUCUCCACGUGGUUCAAAAGUAACAAGUUAUCAUUAAAUGUAAAAAAGACAAAUUAUAUAUACUUUAAAAAUCAACGCUCCAAUAUUAAUAUUCGGUCCUUUGAUAUUUUUAUUGAUAAUAUGAAAAAUCGAAACUGGAAUACACAUAUAGCUAAUAUUGUUACUUCGGUUUCACGUGGAGUCGGUGUAUUAUAUAAGGUCAGAUGGUUAAUUC